UAUAUAAAGACACUGCGAUUAUUGAGAAUUAUAUCAAAACUCAAUUAACUUUGCUACCACAAGCAUCAACAAACAAACACACAAUCCUUUCAAGAUGUUCAAAUACUUCGCUGUUGUAUUCGCUGCUCUUUUGGCUGUUGUUGCCGCUAAACCAGGUGUAGUAGCACCAGUUGCAUACACUGCUGCCGCCUACCCAGCUGCCUACUCAGCAUACGCUGCACCAGCCCUUGCUGCAUACAGUGCUCCAGCCCUUGCUGCUUACGGAACCCCAUACGCUGCAUACUCACCUUAUUACGCCGGUUAUGGUGCUGCCUACAGAUAUUAUUAGGAAAUUCCUUCUGGACUUGGACUCAAAAAUGUACUGAUAUUUAAUACCACCAAUAUCUCUUCAAAAUUUUUAUUGUUAUUUAUAUCUGCUGUAUAUGAAUUUCAAUAAGACUUUAUUAAACUAAAUUUUAUUUUUAAA